CUCCAGGGGAAAAGUGUUGGGAGAUCUACAAAGUGGAUUUUUUUUUUCCUUUUUCUUUUUUUUUUUUCCCCCCUUCCCCGUUUUUUACCGCUCCUUUGCAGACUUUACAACAAAACUCUCCAACUUUACAGAAAACUUUUUUUUUCUUAUUUUUGCCUUUUUUUUUUUUUCUUCCCCCCCCCCCCUUUUUUUUUUUUUGCCUUUGCAAAUCUUGGAAGAGGAAAGCGGGAGGGUUGAACAGAGCCGAUCGAAUCACUACUUUGCUUCAUACCAGGCUUCCCAGCAGCUCGCUGCGUCGGGAGUGACUUUUUCUCCUUCUGCAGAAGAAGAGAAGAAGGAAGGGGAGCUUUGCAUCCCCUAUUCCUUCUCCUGCAGGUUUUGGGUUGGUGGUUUUUUUUUUUUUCCCUCUCUUGUCUGCUUUGAUGCAUUAAUAGCAGGACACUGGUUUUCAAGUAACUUUGCUCCCUUUCCAACCUGCCUCCUCCCAACCCUUGGGGAAGAGUGUGUGCGUGUGCGUGAGUGUGUGAAAUCGCCGUCCCACCUCCCCAAACCCCCCUGCUCCCCCACGCCUCCCCCUGCAACCUGUAGGCUGUGCAACCCUUGCAGGCUUUUCUCCCUUUCCCCCACCCUCCCCAACCCCCUCUUUUUGCCCUCCCGCCUACCGCGGCUGCGAAUUCCCCCUUUCGAGGCGAGAAAAACCUGAAAGAAGGAGAAAAAGGGAAAAAAAAGAGGGUGGGGGAAAAAUACAAAAAGCAAACCUAGAAGCUCCCAGCGCCAAAAGAAAAGCAGGAGGGUCUCGCACCCCGAGAAUAAACCCCAGCGUGGGGCACCUGCAAGCAGAGGCUGCGUAUUCCGCCCCUUUUCCUUUGAAUUUUUGAUAUUUUUUUUUCAUUUAAUUUUUUUUUUAAUUUUUUUUUUUGCCCUCGAAGGGGCAACCGGAAAGCGAGCACCGCCUCCCGCCGUCCCCCCAACCCCCCCGCCGGCGGCAGCCCCCGCGCCCCGUCCCGCAGCAUCCCCGCCGCGAUGCUGCUGCGGCUCCUGGUGCUGCUGGGCGCCUGCCCGGGGCUGUCGCGCUGCCUGGGCUCCUUCGUGCAGUGCGAGCCCUGCGACAGCAAAGCGCUGUCACUCUGCCCGCCGCCGCCGCUGGGCUGCGAGCUGGUGAAGGAGCCGGGCUGCGGCUGCUGCCUCACCUGCGCCCUGCCCGCCGGGCAGCCCUGCGGCGUCUACACGGAGCGCUGCGCCCGUGGGCUGCGCUGCCUCCCGCGCCAGGGCGAGGAGAAGCCGCUGCACGCCCUGCUCCACGGCACCGCCGUCUGCCUCAGCGAGAAGAGCUACCGCGAGCAAGCCAAGGCCGAACGGGAGUCCCGAGAACACGAGGAGCCAACCACAUCAGAGAUGACAGAGGAGACCUAUCCUCCCAAGGCUUACCGCCCCAAGCCUGGGCGCCUCUCCGAGCUGAAGGCUGAGGCCCUGAAGAAGGACCGCCGGAAGAAGCUGACCCUGGCCAAGUUUGUGGGCAUGGCAGAGAACACAGCACACCCCCGCAUCGUCAUCCCUGAGCUUCGGCAGGAGUUUGAGCUGGGCCCCUGCCGCAGGCACAUGGAGGCGUCCCUGCAGGAGCUCAAGAGCAGCCAGCGGAUGGUCCCCCGUGCUGUCCACCUCCCCAACUGCGACCGAAAGGGCUUUUACAAGAGGAAGCAGUGCAAGCCCUCCCGAGGCCGGAAGCGUGGGUUGUGUUGGUGUGUGGACAAAUAUGGCAUGAAGCUGCCAGGGACUGACUACCUGAGUGGAGACCUGCAGUGCCACGCGUUCGACAGCAGCAACGUGGAGUGAAGUCACAUCCCCUCCCUCCACCCCAUCACUACCUACCCAGGCUCCCUUCCACCCUCCCCUCUGCACCUCCCCGUGCCCCGGGACUCCGAUUCCUUUCAUCUCAUGUAAGAAGAAAAAAAGAAAGGAAAAGAAAAAAGAGAAAGGAAGGAAAAGGAAAAAAAAAAGAGAAAGAAAGAAGAAAGGAAAAGCAAAAAGAGAGAAAAGAAAGCGAAAAAGAAAAGAAAGUGGAAAAGAAAAGAAAAGAAAAGAAAAGAAAAGAAAAGAAAAGAAAAGAAAAGAAAAGAGAAAAACAAACCCUGAAGAAACUGAGGACUCGGAAUCUACAGCAGCCUCUUGACAAGGACUCAGCAAGGAAAGGACAGAGCCAGAGACACGCCAGCCACGGCCGCUCCGCCAUCCCGCACCUUCCCAUGCCUCUCCCCAGUGCUGCCUGCAUUCCCCUGCCACGAGCAGAGGCCACCCCGACGUAGCAAGCUCUCUGAGUUGGUGAUUUUCCAGUGCGGGUUUCAGGCAGGUUAAUUUUUUGUUUGUUUGUUUUUCAAGUUAGUUAGUUGUUUUCUAAAGGGUCUCAAGAGAAAACCUUGUGGCCACCAGCACUCCCUCUCCUCGCUGCAGUCCUCUGGAGUUUCCUUUCCACAUUGCUGGGACUUACUCGAGUUGAUCUGAUUUGACUUCAGUCUCAAACGACCACCCCGGAUCCAGGCAGAUUUCAACACGUCGGGACUGCUGGUUUCAUGUCUGGAGAUGAGCCCGGGAGAAAAACACAGCCCCUGCAACAGCAUAAAUACUUCCCCCAGAAACAUUCAUGGAUUUCAAAAAGAAAUAAUCCAAAAAGGAAAGAUAACCUUCUCCGUCUGCUUCCUCUUGAAUAGGAGGUCAGAAAUCUUCUGGACGAGAGGGAUGCUGACCAUUGGUCCAUCCAGGUGUGCAAGCAUUUGUCGCCUGCCUGCAUGUCUGCGAGCGUGUACGUGCACAGACGUGGCUUUUCCUCCUUGCAAAACUUUCCCUGGAAACCUGCAAUCUGGAGGGCUUAACUGCAAGCAGGGGAAGAGAUGCUGCCUCCCCAAAAAACAAUGAUAAUGACCUGCUAGCCUAAGCACGGGUGCAGGGUUACGAAGGAGCGUUGGUGCCUGUGGGAUCACGGCCCCGCCGACACCGAGGGCUGCAUCCGAGCCGAGCCCACAGAUACUCCAUUCCUGUCCAGACUGAAGCAUCGCUGUGUGGGGACAGGGGGAUCGGGGCCAAAACUCUUCACUGCCCUUUGCUGCCACGAGGAAGAACAACUAUGGAUAUUUUUUAUUAUUUUUUUUCACAGCCAAAAAAGUGGUUUGCUCCAGGGGAAAACAAAACAAACCUACACUUUGUCUUGGAUUUCUGUUAAGGCUGGUUUAUAGCUUUCCCAUAGGUAGGAAAAUACCAGUCUCCAUCCUUUCACAUUGAGGAUACUGCUCAUGUUGCUAUGGCUGAUUCCUGCCACCUUACAGUAUGGUCCUGCAAUGGGCCCUUGGCUUUAAUAUGGGAUCCAGCUCCUUGUUGAGUGACAGCAGCCACCACUCUGGAGACCUACUGCCUCAGGUCUGCUGGGACAGCCUUCAGCUGCCUUCCUGACUUUUUUGUUAUUUUUAAUUUUUAUGUUCAAUUUUGGGACUGUUGCCUCUUGUUUCCCUAUGACAAGGGUCUCCAAGAUGUUGGUGCUCAGAGGAGAUACUGCAGCAAAGGGAAGAAAGGAAAGGAAAGCAAGCUGUGAGGUCUGGGUGCUGCAGUCCCAGUGGCCAAACAUGCACCCACCAGGGACCAUAUCCCACUGCCGCAGCUGGAGCUGGCAGCUGGCAUUGCCCGAAGGACACAGCCACUCUCAGGGGAAGGUUUCUGCACCCCCAAAGGCCCUUUGAGCAUGCCGAAGCUGGGCAGAAAGGAGAGGGAUUCCACAGUGCCACCAGGUCCCUGCCAGGAGGCAUGGGACAAUGGGUAUUUGAAACUGAGGAGCUCUAGCAGAGGCUCCUCUCCAUCAUUGACUGGGAACCUUGUGGCCUCCCCAUGGCACGGCAUCACUCUCCGGAGCACCCUGCAGCCUCACCCACCAGGAUACUUGCCCCACUCAAGAGGAGGACUGGAUGCCCUGCAAUUAUUUCCACUGGAGUUACAGCAGGGACAAAUUUUGCCGAUGGACUUCCACAGAGACCUGGUGAGGCAUGUUUGGAUCUGGGGGUGAGGCAUCUUCCCUUGCUGAAAAGAAGGGGAUGCCACCAAAUGCAGAUCUACCCUCAAAAAAACCCUGCAGGAGAAGGAUGACCCCCAUGUUGCUGGAGGGGAGCACAGCGGGUGCUGGGACCAGGGGAGGGACCCCUCUGGGCUCUGCAGGACUGAUGGGGCGGGUCGAUUUGACCAGGGUGGUGGGUUAAUGGUGCAGUGAAAGUGGGGUGAAGAAUGGGAUUGAGAAGGCAGGUGGAGGAGGAGCCUGUGCAUACUCCAAGGGCCACAGGUUUCCAUUGUUGCCACAGUCUCCCGUCUCCUCUGCUUCCUGAUCCCUGUGCAAAACCUCCUGACUGUUAUAGGCCAGUACCACCUUCCCCAGGAUCCUUCUGUCCUUUUCUUACCCUCUUUUUUUUUUUUGUUCAUUUGUUUGUUUUUUGUUGUUGUUUGAUUUCCCAAAACUUGAAAGCCUUUGGCUGCAUAGAAAGGAGAUGUGCCUCCAGGGCAGAAUGGAAGUGGGCAGAGGGAUGGCAGCUCCCCAUGGACCUUGCCUUUUUGGGGCUGAUGCUUUUGCAGCUUGAUGGUCAGCUCACAGGGCCUGGUGGUGGUGUCAUGACAUGGCCACUGUGGUGACAAUGGUAGGGCGACACGGGGCAUUCCUGGCCCCUCCCUACAAAGCGAGUCUCAGCCAUGACCCUGGGAGCCCACAGCACCAAAAUUCAUCCUGCACAGCUUCUCUCCUCCUUGCACGUCCCAUCUACUGUUCCCAUCAAUCUAGAGAAAGGAGGAUGCAAGGAGGGGGUUGCACCACCCACAUCCUCCCAAGCCACCUUGGCUUCCGGGACAGGGCACCAAGCAACCUCCUGGCUACCCUCUUCCUUGAGGAUCCCUGGCAGGAAGAGGCUGUUUGCAGGCUGCACUAAUGUUUUGGACCAGGGCUGGAGCCUGGGUCAGGCAGAGGGCAAGAGUGAAUUCAGGAGGGGUUGCCCCCCACCCAGGGCAACAGUGAUGAGGUGUUCCCAGUCUCAGUGCCCAGUGGCACCCCUUUGUGUUUGGGGUGGGAAAACCAAGAGGCACAUGGGGAAGUGCUGACAAUUUGCACCUCGGGGAGGUGUGAGGCUCAGGAGGUCUCUGGCCAUGGUGUUUGCACCGAGCCAAUGCAGGUACCCGGGGGGCUGGCUGGGAAGGAGAGGACAAGGAUGGCACAGGGGUCAGGACGGCCCUUCCACCAGAUCUCCCCGGGAGCAGCGCUCAGUGGCUGGGCUACCCCUUGUCUGUACUGCAGUGGACUUUGAAAACCACUAGUACAAGAGCAUUUUGCACUAUUUCUUUGCUCUCUCUCCCCCCUUCUCUUUUUCUCCCCCUUCCCCAUGAAAACUUUCUUUUCGUUGUUGGGGGUUUUUGUUGUUGUUGUUGUUGUCGUUGAUUUUUCAUGAUUUUUUUUUCCCAAACGGAGCAUUGUAUAUUUAAGGACCGACAGUUCACCUUGCUUCCAGACCUGUCCUGGCCCUGGCUAGGAGCCCUGCCUACUGUGCCCCCCUCCCCAGCCCCACCAGCCCCUCUACCACUGCCACUGGGACAGACGUCAUGGUUACCCACCGUUGUAACACAGUUGUUAAAACACACCAGAUUCCGAGUUUCCUGCCUGGUUUUUAUCUUUAAGCAAUACUCACUACACAUUUUACGGUAGCUUUUUAUAGCUUUACAUACAUACAGUAGCUCUGUUGUUUCAUUUUGUUUUGGGUUUUUUUGUUGUGUUUUUUUUUUUUUUUUUUUUCCAGUAAACAAGAAAUACUCAUAAUCUUACUGGUGGGAAAAAAAAAAAAAAAAGCAGUUUGUGAAAAACUGACAAUGGAAGAAGAGCUUAAUGCUCUGUUUAGCAUUUUGUACUUAAAAAAAAAAAUCUCACAUUUUAUUAAAAAGUGAAGAUUGCUGUAUACUAUUUAUUCAACUUAUAAUUUAUGUUACUCUUUGAUCUUUGUCUUUUCUCAUGACAAAGCAUUUAUUUAAUAAAGUUAUGCAUUCAGUUA